AUGGACAAUGUCUUUUUCUUCUCGCAUUGUAAAUUUUUCACACUCAUUUCAAUUUCUCCUGUUCAGCAUCAGAAGGGUUCGUCCAUUUCUUUCCACACAGGGCAGUCAGGUACUUGGCCAAUCUCUUGUCAUCUCAAAACUAGACUACUGUAACUCACUCCUAGCAGGUCUGACUGUAACUGAUCCAGAAUCAAGCUGCCCAACUCGUUUUCAGCCUCCCUAAGUUCUGCCAGACCGCACCAUCGUUGCGCUCCCUGCACUGGCUUCCUGUAGGUGCCCACAUCAGAUUCAAAACCCCGAUGCUCCAUGCAAAGCCAAUAAUGAAGUUACACAUACAUCUACCUCAUAAAAAGAGGUUUCAUUUAUGAUACUGAGCCAUAGGUACUUUUCAAUUGUAAAAUACAUAAGCCGACUCAAAUUUUUCAUCAAACGAUAUUUGUAAUAUUUCAUCAGCGCUGUCUUGCACCGCUGCUAUUGAAAUGUAAAUAUAUUAGAGGUGGACAAGAUCAUGAUGAUUUGGACAAGCAAUGCUCAGGGAGGAUGUAAUGUGGCGUUUGUAAAGACAGCAAUGCAAAGGUUUAUGUUUUUUUUUAAAUAAGAUCUUUUAGUGUUACUGAAAUGUCACUCGGCGCAGCUCUUAUUUCGAUUCAUCUGCAGUUGCAUUAAAUGCACUAUUGUAUCUUGUCUGCAUGACAGCAUCCGCAGGACCCGGCCACUAUCAGAGGCUCCAUACACCCGGGAUGCACUGGUGCUGGGGAUGUCCAUGCACUGCUUAGUCGCAGCCACAUUUUCAAAAACCUCCAAAAUGCAAUAAAAGGGAAAAUAGCGCUUUUCCUUCUGUCGUCUCAGCUGCUGCAGCACACACAUUUAUUUUAAUCUUAUUUGCUGCCAUCCGUGUUUACGACAGUGACAGCGUGGGUAUGCCCUUACCCCCCCACCUGUAACAUACUCUGACAUAGCAUUUUUUUUUGCAGUCACAUUCUGAUUGGACCAUUGUGUUUUUUUUUUAAUUAUUUUUUUUUAAUUAAAUCUCACAUACUGUCCUCUUUGCUGCACUCACUGCAUUAACAGGAUCUGCAAUGUGUUGCCAAUCGCUGCAUUUUUUUGUUACCCCACUGCUGUGACCACCUAACAAAAUGGUUUUUCUUGUGUCUGCCUCACCCCACAAGUACCUCGAUUUCUGUUUCACAGUUGUUUAUUUUCCUUCUGGUUUCCCAUGAUAAGUAAAUGUUUGUCAAGCUUAAUUUGUGUAUAUAAGUAUUUAUAAGGUGUUCUGCAUUGACUGUUUAUGUUUGGAUGUAGGUGUGCAGAAUGUGGAGUAUGAGGCUGAUCUAUGUAUGCACAAUUCCAGUUCGUCCUGUAGUGACAGUAAUGCCAGCGGCGCCCCUUGUGGUCGGCAGUGGGAGCGGCAUCUUGGUGACCUGCACUGCCGCCAAUGGCCGACCGGCAGCAGAGGUGUCAUGGCGCACAGACCAGCUGGAUGGCCCGGUUGAGAUUGUGAAGAACAUAACACAGAACCCCAACGGCACCAUGACCGUCAGGAGCAACCUCCGGCUGGCCCCCACCAGGUCCAUGCAUGGCAGAGAGGUGCAGUGUGUGGUGAAACAUACAGCCCUGGAGCAUGACAAGAUCGUGCCGUACAGGAUCUCGGUGCACUAUGCUCCGCAGUCUGUGAAUAUCACCCUAAAAACAUCAUCUGAAGAUCCAACCUUCCAGUGUGAUGUAGAUGCCAAUCCUGCACCUACAAGAUACACCUGGAGCAGGGUGAACAGCGAAGUACUCAGUCCUUCAAUCAGACCAGAGGGAGGCAGAUUGGUGAUUUUUAAGAUGGGCUCUGAACUGAAUGGCCUGUAUGUAUGUGAAGCAUCAAACCAGUAUGGCCAAAUCACUGGCACCCUCUUUUUGUAUACAGGUGUUUCCCGGGGCUACUAUGGAGGCCUUCUUGCAGUGAUUUUUUCCUUAUUUGUUUUACUUGGUUUCAUGAUCUUCUAUAUGUGGAAGUCACUGUUACAGCAAAGGCAUUCAAGAGAAUCCAGUUCUCUCCCGGUACCGGACGAGGCACUGCAGGACGAGGCACUGCAGGACGAGGCACUGCAGGACGAGGCACUGCAGGACGUGGGACUGCAGGACGUGGGACUGCAGGACGUGGGACUGCAGGACGUGGGACUGCAGGACGUGGGACUGCAGGACGUGGGACUGCAGGACGUGGGACGGCAGGACGUGGGAAGGCAGGACUAGGGACCGGAAGAAUCAUUAUUGGCUGAAGGAGUUCACAGUCAUUCUGAUUUAGCCAUUAGUACAAUCGACCAUCAGGAUCCUGUGAUUUAUUUUGAGCUUAGCUAGGCUUAGUAGCAUAUCAGUCUCAGUUAUACAUAUAUUGGUCACAGACGACGAUGAAUUGGGGCGGCAUGGUGGUGCAGUGGUUAGCACUGUUGCCUCACACCUCUGGGACCCAGGUUCGAGUCUCCGCCUGGGUUACAUGUGUGUGGAGUCUGCAUGUUCUCCCCAUGUCGUCGUGGGGUUUCCUCCGGGUACUCCGGUUUCCCCCCACAGUCCAAAGACAUGCUGAGGCUAAUAGGACUUGCUAAAUUGCCCGUAGGUGUGCAUGUGUGAGUGACUGGUGUGUGAGUGUGCCCUGCAAUGGGCUGGCCCCCCAUCCUGGGUUGUUCCCUGCCUCGUGCGCAUUGCUUCCGGGAUAGGCUCCAGACCCCCCGCGACCCAGUAGGAUAAGCAGUUUGGAAAAUGGAUGGAUGGAUGGAAAUGUGGUAAGUGUGGUGUUUCACAGCGUGUUUUGAUAAACGGAUUUCUCGAGACUACGUCAUCCGCUGAGUGAUUCUUAUCUCCAAGAUAUUACAUCACCAGAGGGUGCUGCCUCUGCACUACAGAACUGGAGGAUUUGCUGCCAAUCCAGGCUGACUAGUCUUACAGUCAGCAAGUCCAGGAUCCAGUCACAAAAGUGCUGAGCCCUAGCUGAUUCAGCUUUCUGAUGGAUUGCCGGGGAAUGAUGACCUUGAAUGCUGAGCUUAAGUCGAUGAACUUUUUGUUUUAGCAAUGGUGCUUUUUUUGGACAUUUCAGGUUGUGAAAGACAGUAAAAAUCCAGACCAGGUUUUUGUUUCAAUCAACGAGCUGAGUACUAUGUGACGGUGACUCUUUAUGCUCAACUGGUUGGUUGAAACAAAAUCCUAGUCUGGAUUUGUACUUUCUGGACCUGAAAUGUCGACCUCUGUUCUCUGUACACAUUAUAAUGCUUGCUCUAAGGCAGGGGUGCCCAAUACGUUGAUCGCAAAGGUAGAGUGGGUCGAUCGCAUGGCAUAAAAAAUAAAGGAUGGAUGACGCGUUCAGCUGCUGCAAAACUCCAGUAAGUGAUCUAGUCGCCUCCAAUUUAUUUCUACUAAACUUAAAGGGUAUAAAAAUGAAUGGGGGCGCUGGACCAAGUAAGAAGCAAAAAAACUAUUUCCAUACAGAAUGGAAGGAGGAGUUUUUUUUCCACAAUGUCAUAUUCGAAGUGCGUUUGCUUCAUUAUGUUGGUAUACUUCACUGUAACGUUACCUCUGUCUUUGUUGCGUUUUUCCUCCUCUUUUUUUUCCUCCCCUGGGGCCUUUAUGUAUAAGGACGUGCGUAGAAUUCACACUAAAACAUGGAGUGUGGACAAAAUUAGGAAUGUGCGUAAGCAAGAAAAAAUCCAGGUGCAUAAAACGCACAUUCUGUUUAUAAAUCCCAAUGAGUGCGAAAUUUUACGUAGGUGAGCGAGCCUACAGCCAACCCCUCCCCCCCCCCUCCGACCCACCCAUAAUUAUGUAUAUUUGCAUAUGUAAAUCUGUAUAAAUACUCGCUUUGUUUCUGUUUUACAUUAGAUGACACCGAUUGGAAAUAGGCAUUCAGUAACGUGUGUCGUAAAUUAUAUAUAUCCUACAUUGUCUUGUUUUACAGUGACACAAAUCGGCAUAUUGCCAUAAAUUUGAUGAUUUAGCAUGUAUGUCCCAAAAGCGCUUGACAUAUCCAAGCUGCAUUUUCUUCCAACUUAAAAAGUUCCUUUCAUUGUGCCCCAUGUUCAGCAUGUAGUGUUUUCUUAAGUUAUUUGAGUUUCUGUCACAGAUUCAAAUGUAAUGUUAAGUAAAAACAUAAUGGCAGCAAAUAAUUCUAUUGAACAUUAAUAUCACUGACCGGUGGUCACUUCCAAUCCCCGUGUUUUCCCUUUGCUUGUGGCUCCUCAUCAGUCACACCUACCUCUUGUUCCUGCCCUACUUUUGGUCAUUCACAUAUGCCUUGUGUUUCCUGCUCAUUAGUCCAGUUUAUAAACAUCUCUCAGGUGA